AUCAGUGGUUGGAGAACCCAAAAACAAGAAACCAAAACGCGCUUUCACUUUACCUGUCUUCUGACUCUCACACCUUCACCCAGCUAUAUAAAUAAACCUUAAUCAAAUAGUAAACCCCCCCUUUUUUUUUUCUCUUGCAUUCAAAACACACAUAACCAAAAAAAAAACAUGGGUUGUUUCGCCAGCAAAAAUGCCGAGACGAAAUCGAGUAGAACCGCACGGUGGCGAUCCACCGGCAUUGUUGCUUUACGCGAUUCAAAAUUGAAGACUUUUCCAGAUGAAAUUAUUGAUUUAGACCGAUCUGUACGCACUCUUGACUUAACGCAUAACCGAAUAGUUGACAUUCCCAUGGAAAUUAGCAAAUUGAUUAAUUUGCAACGCAUGGUAUUAACCAACAACCUCAUUGAAAGACUGCCAGUGAAUUUGGGGAAACUCCAAUCUCUUAAACUUGUGAACCUUGAUGGAAAUCGAAUUACUUCCUUGCCUGAUGAAUUGGGCCAGUUAGUAAGGCUUGAACGCUUAUCCAUCUCCGGGAAUUUGUUAACAUCCUUGCCGUCAACUAUUGGCAGUUUGAGAAAUCUGUUGAUUUUAAACGUCUCAAAUAACAAGUUACAGUCUCUACCAGAAUCUGUUGGAAGUUGCUUCUCUUUGGAAGAAUUACAAGCCAAUGAUAACCUUAUUGAAGAUCUUCCUUCUUCACUGUGCAAUCUCUCUCACUUGAAGUCACUUUGCUUAGACAACAAUAAUGUGAAGCAGAUACCUCUGAAUCUAUUGAAAGAUUGCAAAACUCUUCAGAACAUAUCACUGCAUGGUAAUCCUAUAUCAAUGGAUCAAUUUCAACAGAUGGACGGGUUUCAAGAGUUUGAUGCAAGAAGGAAAAAGAAAUUUGACAAACAAAUUGAUUCAAAUGUAAUGAUCAGUUCCAAAGGUCUCAAUGAGGGUGUCGAUCUAUGAAACUGCUCAUGUUUUUCGGGACCACUUGCGAUGGGGAUUUUCUUUGAAUGUAGCAUUGUAUAUGAUUUCUACUUGUUUUCCCCCCUAUCCAAGUUUGUCUGCAAGCAAAAAUCGUAGCUGAAAAAUUUAUGUAUUUGAUUAAAAAUUAAGAUAAGAUACAUAACUUUUCAAUUACUGUUUUUGUUUAUAUUUUAUUUCAUAGUAGGACAUCAAUAGUCGAAAUAUUUCAUAUACAGGACUUGAUGCCAUUUUGCUAACAAUGAAAAGGGGUUAUAUAUAUUAUCGACAUCUGUAAAUUAAGACUACUUUUGGUGUAAUAUGGAAGGCACUUGAUUCUUCACCUCAUAAUUAAAUUAAGGUGUAAUAGAAUGUGAUUAAUUUUUGUGUUCCUU